GGCGGCGGCGGCGGCGGCGUCGGCGGCCGAAGCGCGACGCGGGAAGGGAGCCGGGCCCGGCGGGGCGAUGCCGUUCCCCGGCGGGCUCUGGUGGCUGCUGUGCUGCCGGCAGGGCUUCACGCUGCUGCGGCGGGACUACGGCGAGGCGGAGCGGGAAGCGGACGGCGAGGCCGAGGAGGAGGCGUCCUUCGAGCUCCGCGCCCAGGGAGACCGGGCAUCCCUGGAGGUGAGCCUGAGCCAGCCCACCCGCACCAGCAGUGGCUCGGAGCGGUCCCUGCUGGUGUCGGAGGAGAUGCGCAGUCUCAUCGUGGAGAAGGGGCCAGGGCCAGUGGAGGAGGACCCCGAUGCUCUCGUGAAAGGCUGGCUGCAACGGGAGGUGCGGGGUGGUGUGAAGACCCCCUGGCUCCGGCCUCGCAAGUACUGGUUCGUGCUGACGCCCGACUCCCUGGACUACUACAGCAGCAGUGAAAGGGGGGCCAAGCGACUGGGCUCCCUGGUGCUCACCAGCCUCUGCUCCGUGCUCUGGCCAGAUAAGCAGACCUACAAGGAGACGGGGUUCUGGAGCAUGACAGUGUUUGGCAGGAAGCACUGCUACCGCCUGUACACCGAGCACUUGCACGAGGCCGUGCGCUGGGUGUGCGCCGUGCAGAAGGUGAUCGACAGCAAAGCGCCUGUGCAGACACCCACACAGCUGCUCAUGCGCGAUGUGGAGGAGCACUGUGGCAGCCCCGAGGUGCUGGAGCAAAUCUACCGCUGCAACCCCAUUCUGCGCUACACCAGCAGCCCCCUCUAUGCACCCCUGCUGCCUUUCCCCUAUGGCAGCCUGGACCAAAGAGCUCCCGGUCCCCACAGCUACACCACGCUGCGCGACGAGGCCGUGAAGCUGUUUAACUCUCUGCAGCAGCUGGAGUCGCAGCAGGACCCGGUGCCACUGAUCCAGGGCAUCCUGCAGACCUGUCUGGACCUGCCGCCGCUGGUGGAUGAGAUUUACUGCCAGCUGGUGAAGCAGACCACGGAGCCACCGGCGCCGGGCGGGCCGGGCGACUUGCACUACUGGCAGCUGCUCACCUGCAUGAGCUGCACGUUCCUGCCCUCCCCGCCCGUCCUGCGCUUCCUGCACUUCCACUUGGACAGGACCGUGAGCCGCUUCCCCGCCUCGGAGAUGGCCAAAUACGCCUGCUUCAUCCAGGAGGCGCUGGGAAAGACGCGGGGCCGGGAGUGCGUGCCCUCCCUGGAGGAGAUCCUGGUGCUGAUGCGACGACAGGAGAUGGUGUGCACCGUGCACUGCCCGGGGGUGGCCGCCUGCAGCGUGACCAUCAGCUCCCACACCACAGCUCAGGAGGUGGCCGAGGAGCUCGUGUCGCGCCUGGGGCUGUCGCAGAGCCCCAACCUCUUUGCGCUCUAUGAGCAGUCCCGGCUCCGCGAGCAGCCCGUGGGCAGCUCCACGCUGCUGGCCGACGUCCUCACCAGGUUUGAAAACCUGGCCGGGGAGGAGCGGCAGCGGGACGCGCCGUGCCGGCUCCGCUUCAAGCACUACGGCUUUCUGGACACGGAGAACGUCCCGCGAGACAGCCUGGAGUUCGCGCUCCUCUUCGAGCAGGCUCACGAGAUGGUGCUGCGGGGUUACGUGCCCACGUCGGAGGAGACGCUGCAGACGUUGGCGGCGCUGCGCCUGCAGAGCCUCAACAGCGACUUCUCCACCCACGCGCCGUUCCCGCGCCUGGAGGAGCUCUUCCCGCCCCGCGUGCUGCGCGCCCGCCUGCCGCCCCCCCGCCCCGACCCCCCCCCGAAGUGCCGCGGGGCGCGGCUGCGCGCGGGGCUGCUGGCCGGGGGGCUCUGGGGGCACUCGCUGGCCAAGCAGCGCGCCGAGCGGGACCUGCGGCUGCGGGGCCGCCUGCGGGAGGAGGGGGCCAGCACCAUGGCUGCCAUCGUGGAGAAGUGGAAGCUGCUGCAGGGCAUGGGCCGGCCCGAAGCCAUGGCUGCCUACGUGGCGCUGGUGCGGGAAUGGCCCGGCUUCGGCUCCACGCUCUUCGACGUCGAUCUGCGUGUGAGCCCUGUGGGUGCCGGACCCCAGCGGCUGUGGCUGGGCAUCGGGGCCAAGGCUGUCUCGCUCUAUAAGCCGGGGGAACCGGAGCCCUUGGACAGCUUCUGCUACAGCCGCAUCUCCUCCUUUGGGGCCUCCGAUAGCAGCACCUUCCGGCUCUCUGUGGAGGACCAGGAGCUGCUCUUUGAGACCUCCCAGGUGGAUGAAAUCGCCCAGCUCCUCAACACUUACCUUGCCUCCAUGGGUGCCCGCCAGCCCCCCCGGCCCCAAGAGCUGCCCGCCGGUCCCCUCGGCCCUGAUGCUGCAGUGCGGCCCCGGGGGCUGUGCCCUGCAGCUGGGUCCUGGCAGCACCUGCUGCCUGCUGGCUCCUUCGGCAGCUAGCCUGGCAGCCAGAGGAUGCUCCAUGGGCGGCACAAGGAGCGCGCCUGGCCCGGCAGCAAGCGGUGGGUCAGCACGGACCUAGGUGCCGUGCGCUCCCUGCUCCACUGUUGCCUUUCUGGUUGUUUCCUUAAUUUAUUUCGAGACGCCUGCUUGCCCACGUCUCUCAGCACUUUCCCUGGAGGGGCAGAGGGGCUGCUGUGCUGUGGGUACCUGGUGUGGCUGUGCCCUGGUUCCCCCGCUGGUGCCCCACGCUGCCCCCCAGGCCUGUCCCCGUCCCCUGUCCCUGGUGCCUUUGCCUCCAGCGGUUGUGCUGUCCUGGUGGUUCUGCCCGUGCCCGUCCCCCUGUCCCAGUGGCUUUGCCUGGGCAGAGGGUGCUGGGCUGCUGCACUGCCAUCGUCUGUCUGUCCGUCCGCUGAGUCCACCUUUCCUGGAGAGCUGCGGGUGGCUUUUGGCCGAGCUGCCCUCAGGGACCCAUGUGGUGCCCUGCAGCAGGGCUGGCAGUGCAGGGGUGCCCCAGGGGCUGCAGGGUGGGUGGUACGGCUGGGGCUUGGCCCCGCAACGUUGCCUCUGUAAAGUUUGUCCGUUGUCUUUGGGGCUUUUGUUUGUUUUGUUGUUUUUUGUUUUGUUUUGUUUUUUUUUUUAAUAAAUACACAAAAGGA